AUGGAAAAGGACCCGUCUGAGCGCAGUUGCCGCAUUCGGGGGCGCGGGGGGAGCGGCCGCUGCGGCCGGCAUGUACGGGACGCGGCAGUCAUGACUCGCGCACCGGUUACUCCCGCCGCCCUCCUCGCCACAACUAUUGCGCUACUCGCCGCGCUCGUCGCGUGUGUGGAGGAGGAAUGCCUAGACUGGGAGGGCAAGUCGGUCCCUCACGGCCUGCUGUACGUGCCCGGCCCAGGAGUCUGCUCCCUCUGUGUCUGCUACCACUCUGAGCCGAUGUGGUGCAAAGCCAUAUACUGUGAUCCGCCUUAUUUUUGUAAAAACUUUCGAGUCGGCGAGCGAUGUUGCGAAUUCGAGUGCCUAGACCCACCCGGCGAAGACACCAGGUACCGGGAACGGCAGCGUCUUCGGGCUUUAAUCUUAGCUGGAAACUCGUCGGCGGCGCACAUCGCCCCCUCACUUGAACUUAAAGCCGGAAUCUCUCUUCUGGCCGUCGCCGUCGUCAGAUUCGUAUGA